AAAAAAAACUAAUACUUAAUCUGUGGUCAAAGUUAAUGUUAAUUUCAUGAAGAGUGAGAAUUAAUAAAAAUUCAGAAUUCAGUUUUUUUUACCUUUAUAUUGAUUGUUUAUCUAUCAAGCUUUAAGUGGUUUGAAAAUUUUUUUUAGCUUUAAUAAGGGCAGUAUAUUUUACAGAAGAUGGUUUACGUAAAUAAAGAUGGAUCUAUGGUGCAGCAAAAUCCAUUUAGUAUUUUUGACUGGUUUUGGAGUAUUCUCAACUUCUUUUACUUGCUUUUCCAGACACUCAUCAAUCCUAACUACAGUAAACAUGGAGACAAGUAUGUAAGAGACUUUCGUCCACCUGGCAGUGGACCUCCUAAACCUCCGUCGAAAAAGUUUGGUGGUUUUGGACCAUCAAGCUCUGGUCCUGCUCCCCCGCCCAUGGGGGGUGGUGGCUGUGGCUGUGGAUAGCAAGAAACAUUGCAUAAUGCUAAAUUUUUAUUUGAUUUGUGUAAAACAUGUACAACAAUGUAUGACAUAUUAUAACAAAAAUAUCAUUAAAAAACAUUAUUAAAGUUUAACCUUUAUUUAUCUGUUCAUAAUUUCUAAUUAUCUAUAUCUAGGAUUUGAAAUAGAUUUUGAUAUUAUGAAUGUUUGUAUUGUAAUUUUUAAUGUUAUUACUAAACUAUACCAGUAAUGGCGCUAUUAUUAAAGGAAAUUUAAAUCUCGAAAAAAUAAGAUAUUUAGUCGUUUGCAUAUUGUAGAUUAGUUAGAAUUUAUAAUAAGUACCUAAGGUAAGGUAGUAGUAGUAUCCUAUUAGGGUUUACCAAAGUUGCAAGAGAAAAUGUAUUUAAAUGUCAGUUAGUAUUAAUUUGCAAUAUAAAUCUUAAUAACAAAA